GUUAAUAGAAAAACCUUGUACAGGCAGAAUACAGACUGAAUUAUUAGGGCUAGGAUUGUCAAACUUUGUACACAUAUUCCUCGUGCCAAGUGGAGUACCCUUUUCUUCAAGGUUACAGUAUCGGUUAAUGGGAAAUCUUUUCAAGUAGAAUACAGACCGAUCUAUUAGGACUAGGACCGUCAAACUUUGUACACAUACUCCUCAUGUCGCGUGGAGGGGGUCUUGUGUUCCUUAGCGAUCAAAGUUGUAGUAUCACUUAGUAGGAAAUCUUGUAGGCAGGAUACAGACAGAACCGUCUGGGAUAGGCCCGUCAAACUUGGUACACAUACAACUAAUGUGAAGUGGAGGAUGUUUAUUGUUUGUCAAGGUUGUAGUAUCACCUAGCAGAAAAACCUAGUUUUCGUUAAAGUUGCAAAUAUUGCCCUGAAUUCCUCUCGGAGGAAUGUAAGUUCAGUUUUCAUUUCAGAUGGAUUUGUGCACCACGACCUACUUUAGGGGUAAAAGAAGGUCAACGGUUUUCCUUUUCCCCCCUUAUUAAUACCAGUAUUACCAUGAAAUUUUGCCACAAACUCCCUCUUAGAGGAAUACAAUGUCGGUUUACAUUUCAACUUCAUUAGUGCACCAUGACCUACUUUAGGGUUAAAAGUAAGUCAAACAGUUUCCUGAACUUUUCCUCAUCGAUACAAAUAUUGCUGGGCUGCGUUCAAGGUCGCAGCGGCGACUUAGGGGCUAGAUGUGGUGUCUGAUUUGUGGCAUUUUACACUUUAUCGUCUUUUUUUUAUUUUGAGGCGAAAAGACAGCUAUUUAAACGGUAUUUUGCGACUUUUUAUCCUGAAAUAACGAAAAGACGACAAAAUAUUAGCUACUUUUCGCCUCAAAAUAACGAUCGGACGACAAAUUGUAAAAUGACACAAAUCAGUCACCAUACCUAGCCGCUACGAUCUUGAAGCAGGCGGCGGACAGAGGGAUACCCCUCUUUCUUCCCCCUUCCAUUGAAUAGUGAUAAAUUCAAUAUUGCAUUUCAUUUGGGUACUGAAGCGUGUUGCAUGCCAGUAUACUACCUAUAUGCACUGCAACAGUUAUACCACACAUAAAUAUAACAGGCUUACGCAUUAUUGAAAAUGUAUUCCAUAGGCGGAUCCAAGAAUUUUUGAAAGGGGGGGGGGGUCUACCACUUGAUCUUAUAGGUUCUUUUCACAACCUCUACUCCUACCCCAUUCGCACCCUUUGCUGGUGUACAUAAUAUCUUAAGGAGAUCUUGAGACAGUUUUUUUUUAUUACAUGAAAAUGAUUAGUUUAUUUACCACUUGUUUCCUAAGUUCUGAUCAUUUUUAUCGCCACACCGUGUCUCGAUCAGAUCUGAUUUCGCAAUGAAAAUAGUAAAAGCUGAUCUACAGGAUACUCCCCACAGGUCGGGGGUCUGGGGUACUCCCCACAGGCAGUGGGUCUGGGGUAAAUGGUGCAAAAUCAUGCAUUCGGAGCAUUUCCUGGCACUUCUUUUUCACUCUUUGAUUAUCUACUUCUUUAAUGAUAUACUUGUGUUGAUAAAGAAUGAAUUUGAGGUGAAUACAAAAAGUUUGAAAUACGAAUCAAUACGUGUGACAAAUCACAGAUUUAAAUUAUCAUCUUUGUGUCUGGUCAGUUGCAUUUUCCCCUUCCUGUUACAUAUGGUACGUGCCGUAGACCAGUCCCUGGAACUGACAGGUGAAAAUUCCUGCCAGGGGAUAAAGAUCCUGGGUUGAUGUCUUCAAGGUGUGAAGUCAUAUGAGAAAGGAGGAAUGUGAUGGUCAGCCGGAUUCAAUAGCCGUUGGUCUGAUAGCUCAGUUAGUAAAGAUCUGCAUAAUUAAGGAGAGAGGAAUGUAGCAAUCAGCCGGUUUUGAUCGCCGUUGGCUAGAUACAUGGAGCUUAAUUGGUAGAGCAUCUGGCUAGAGAUUCAUGGGGUCUGGGUUGGAAUUCCAUUCUGGUCCGUUGCAUAUUGUCCAUUCUAGUAACAUUUGGUGCUUAGAACUGACAGAUAAAAAUGCCUGGCUUGAUGUCUUCAAGUGUGAAAACAUUCACGGAAUGAGAAAUGUAGUGGUUAGCCGGGUUCGAUCGCCGGUGACCAGAUACCUCAGUUGGUAGAGCCAUGGUCCUUGAAGUUUUUCUUUUUAAUUGUAAAUAAGUAAAGUCAUCUGUUCCUACAAGACUUGGCUCAGCUAAGAAAUUCAAAAUACAAUAUCUUUCAGAUACCAAAAGACUUUGGAACUACCAAGACCAAGAACUACUAGGUAUGGUAAACAGUCAUCCAGCUAAGCAGCCGCCACACUGUGAAACUCCUUACCUAACCAUGUAAGGGAAUUAUCCAACACCAAUCAAUUUAGAACAUUCAUAGACACUAGGAGGGGGGAGGUGCAGGUGCAGUUCCUGUCAAGGACACGUGUGGUUCCAGUGCAUGGCUGAAUGAAUAUAUAUAUAUCAUUUUUUUUUAAAUUUGCUGUUUUUAGUUUGCUGCUUCGUUUUAUGCAAAUUUUGCAGCCUUUCAUCUGUAAUGCUACCAAAUUUUGUUUGAAAGCUUUAUUUUAUUUUUAUUUUCUCUUCUUGUGGUUUUUUUUUUUCUUAGCCUUUUUUUUUUUUUUUGUGUUUGUUUGUUUUGUUGUUUUUUUUUGUUUUUGUUUGUUUGUUUGUUUGUUUUGUUGUUGUUGUUUUUGUUUACUUUGUAACUGAAUUAUUGCAAAUUGCUAUUCAUUUUUUCCCUUAUUUUUAGUUAUAACAGUAACCGGUAUAUGUUGCUAUGUGUCAGAUUAUUUAUCAUAUCCCGCUUUGUGGAUCUACUCCACGGACGACUGGGACCUGUUCUAGAAUAGCUAGUCAAUCCUGUGACGUAAAUACAGCUAACUAGUUUUCUGUUACAGUGUAUAUCCAGAUAUCUUGUGUAAAUCGUUCUUUUUUUCUUUUUUUUUUUUUUUUUUUUUUUUUGUCCAGAGGAACAAAAUCCCGAGCCUUAAAAUUGUUCGUGUCACGGCAAUAUUAGAGUACUCUGAAUCUAGUGAAGCCUAUUUGAUAAUUUCCAAUUUUCUAUAAAUAUAACAGGGCCGGGUCCAGGAAUUACGGUUACGGGGGGCGCCACUUCAUGAGGCAGGGGGUCUGGGGGCCGCAUUGGGUCCUGGAGGACGAGAUCCUGGUGCAUGAGGUCCAGGGGGCAAGCCCCUGGAUUUUAUAGGGCUUGAAACAUGUCUCCUAUUCAAUCAUUUGUACUAUUUUCUAUAUUUUUUAUAAGGUGAAAUUAAUAAAAUGACGCAAAUUUUAAGGGUUUUCGGAAAAAAUGAAGUUUUCCCAAUAAAGUAAUUCAAGAAAUCAAGAGAUUUUGUCAUUUAUUUCUCCGGGAGUAGAAGAAAUUAUUGCUUCUUUUAUUGUUUAGUACAUUUUUCUGAACAAGAUACCACGAUUUACCUUAAAUUUGGAAAUUUUAGGGGGCGGCUGGGUCCCCCUUAAAUCCGCCACUGUAUAAUGUAACUGAUAUGUAAUAACGUUAUUCAAAAGGAAAAUAGAGCGCCAGCUAGCCGGGUAUUUCCGAUUGUCUAUAAAUAACAUUUUUAGACUUACGAUAACAUGGUAGACUACUUGUUUUAGUCAUGAACGUUUUAUAAUACAGUGUGAUGGAUAGUAAUUAACAACCACUCUGCCAAUUAACGUUAAAGAAUCGUUACAAGAUGGAUCACAUUCCCCGUGUAUCAGAAGUCCUGUAUGUGGGUGUGUGUCGUGAGAUAGGGACACCGACAGAAGUGACCUUCAGAAGGGAUAUAUGGGACACGGGGGAGAUGAUACGGAAACCUUCAGACUUGUAUAGAGGAGUGAGACAGAUGCUGAGUGGUAGUUCUAGGGAGGGAUUUAGGUUUAAAUCAUCUGACUGGGAUUACAUGCAGUGGUUCCCUGAUCAUAAGGUGAUAUGUGAGAUGUCUCAGUCCACGUUUUAUCAUCCACCCAGACAUACACUUAUCUAUAUGGAGACCUCUGAUACUCCCCCGGGAUUCGCCAGAUUACAACUACUCACGCCGUCAAAUCAAGAAAUUGUCAUGUCCUCACUAAAAGAGAGAAACAAUACUGAAUACAUUUCAAGUUUAUUACUCCGGAUGAGAUAUCAUCAAUCACUUAAUGGAAAUGAUCCAGUCCAUGAAGGUGAGAACAUGCACGGUCCAUGUCACAACUACAAGUAUAAAUCUUUUGAAGUUGAUAUCGCGCUGUGUUUCCAUUCCCGUCACUGUCCCUUACCAGCCCUUCCCUGGGUUGAGAGAUGUUUGACUCGCGUAUGGCCAUCGCGUAGUGUACUACAAACAAUUGUUAAUGAAGGAUUUCAUCUCGUUCCUAUCGCAAACAGAGAGACAAAUGAAAACUCAGACUUGGAGUGGAGAAUUUCUUUUUCACAAGCGGAGCAAAAACUUGUGUACUCUAUGAACCAUUGCCAAUUUCUCUGUUACGGGAUCAUGAAAAUAAUUCUGAAGGAAAUUAUUUCUGACGAAUUACUGUGUUCAUAUUUCAUGAAAACUAUAUUAUUUUGGAGAAUUCAAGAGAGCUCUUCAACUCCAUGGAUACCAUCAACAUUGCUUCAUCAUGUGUGGUUUUGUUUCAAAUCCUUGAUGCAGUGUGUAUAUACCGGUUACCUUCCAAAUUUCUUUAUCCCGGAAAACAACAUGUUUGCAGGAAAAGUUGUCGGGGCGCAACAGAUGUCCCUGUAUCAAAAGUUAGAAACAUUUUACAAUAUUGGCGUUGCCUUCCUGUUACAUAGUCCCACUCUCAGAGAGAUUCUGAUCCCGGCCCUCUCCAAUCCAUACUUAGUAAUGCCGACAGGGGAAAGUUACCUCAAGUCAGAAAUAGAUAUUGAUAUUGCUUUUUGUUGUGAAAGCUACCGUGUUACAGGUGACCCAGUUAAAUCAGAUUUCCUUGCAAACAUGAUGCAUUUAAAUGUAAUAGAUCAGUUAUUCUCAACCCGUCAUGAUGUUAUAUUCCAUGUGAUUUUGAUAAAUGUGCUUGCAUCAACUUCUAUGUCAUUAAAAGCACAAUAUUCGUGUGUGUCUAAGAAAAGGAGAUCCACCAUUGAUAGGUCGAUAAUUCACAUGUUGGGUCUAGUUUUAAAGUUAGGCUGUGUAUCUGAUGGUUUAUAUUUAAGAAAUAAGCGUUAUACUUGUACGAUACCGGUAGAUAUCAAAUAGCGCUAACUGUCACAGAUAGAGUGAAGCAGAGACUCUCGCAGCCCCAUGUCAUGUAUAAUUAUAAAGUAGACAGACAGAGUUACAGCGAGGCGGUAGGUGGUCAGUCUAUGUUAACUAAGUAUAGGAAGGCGUGGGCAAGAAAUAUUGUGUUCUAUUGUGUCUUUACCUAUAUUGAAGAAUUAAGGUUAGAACAAGAAAUUAGUAAAAUGAACGGAAUGGUAAUUUUAUUGUUAUCUCCCUUUGUGACCGUGCACAUGUUAUCUGUCCUAUGUCACUACAGACUAGGUAACAGGUCACAAUAUCUACAGGCACUGACAGACCUACACACCCUACUGCUCUAUGAUGAUGGCAGAUAUGUACCUUUAUACAUGAGAGACCUGUCCUGGCAGGUACUGGGGAUCUGUCAACAUGUUGUGGGGGACUUACACGGGGCGUUACAGUCUUAUCAAGAGUCACUCGGACAGGAACCAUAUCAUAAAAUACAGAUAGCCACGGUAAAUAGAAUUGAUUUAGUCAAUUCACAACUAGAGGGCAGUACUCGAAGGGUGAUGUAGAACAUUUGUUUAUGGGAAUUAAAACCAACACAGGUUUCAACACAGAUUGUCCUUUGUAUCCCUUACAUGUAGAUAUUAUCAAAAACUGGGCGCCACCAGCUAUAACUGAAAAACAUCAAUCAACAACGCGCCCAUAUAAAGACGUAGACGCUAUUUCAUAUAACAAUUAAAAGAUUUUCAAUGUACAAUUGUGUUAGAUUUCUGAUAGCAUAUGCAUUGAAAAAUAACAAUAAAGAAAAUCUAUACACUC